CCGACUCGCGUUCAGACCCGGCUGCGCUGCGCGGGCCGAGCUGCUGGGCGAGCGUCAUGGCCGCUUCCAGGCAAGCCCAGGUCGGGGAGCUGCUGGCCGAGGCCCGCAGGGCCUUCCAGGAGGAGUUCGGGGCCGAGCCCGAGCUGGCCGUGUCGGCACCGGGCCGCGUCAACCUCAUCGGGGAGCACACGGACUACAACCAGGGCCUGGUGCUGCCCAUGGCGCUGGAGCUCGUGACGGUGCUGGUGGGCAGCCCCCGGACAGACGGGCUCGUCUCCCUCCUCACCACCUCGGAGGGUGCGGACGAACCCCGGCGGCUGCAGUUCCCGCUGCCCACAGCCCAGCGGGCCCUGGAGCCCGGGACGCCGCUCUGGGCCAACUAUGUCAAGGGAGUGAUCCAGCACUACCCAGCUGCCCCCCUCCCGGGCUUCAGUGCAGUGGUGGUGAGCUCCUUGCCGCUGGGGGGCGGGCUCUCCAGCUCGGCAUCCCUGGAAGUGGCCACAUACACCUUCCUGCAGCAGCUCUGCCCAGAUUCCGGGCUGCUGGCCGCCCGGGCCCAGGUAUGCCAGCGGGCCGAGCACAGCUUCGCAGGGGUGCCCUGUGGCAUCAUGGACCAGCUCAUCGCACUGCUGGGGCAGAAGGGCCAUGCACUGCUCAUUGACUGCAGGUCCCUGGAGACAAACCUGGUGCCACUGUUGGACCCCCGGCUGGGGGUGCUCAUCACCAACUCCAACGUGCGCCACUCGCUGGGCUCCAGCGAGUACCCGGUGCGGCGGCGCCAGUGUGAAGAGGUGGCCCGAGCGCUGGGCAAGGAGAGCCUGCGGGACGUGCGGCUGGAGGAGCUGGAAGGUGAGCCGGGCCAUGCCGGAGACACGGCCGCCCGCCCGCCGGGCGCCCCCGCUCCAGGACUUGCCGCUCUGCCCAGCCCCAGGGCGCUGCAGGGGCUGCUGGAAGCUCCCUGUUGUUCUUUUUCUAUGGGAACUAAGCUUUCGUGCUGGGACAUGGAGAAGGGGGCAGGGGAGAAAAGCAGCCGCUCCCAGGCCAGCUCAGAGCCGUGCCCCUGCGGCCCUCGGCCCGGACACUUCCUGCCCUGUCCUGUUUCUUUCCAAAGCUGAGCACGCGCGGUCCUGCCCCUGCCUUUCACGGGUCACGCCCAGGCUGUUCCUGUGCCCGAAGGCCCGUGAGCCCCACAGCCAGCGCCACGCACAGGUGCCCGAGGUGGACUGAGCCCUCUGGCGGCAGCCCACAGCCGUCCUGACCACGGGGGAAGCCUGUUACCUGCAUGCCUGAGAGCGGGGUUGCAGGCCGAGAGAGGCCUGUGUUUCUAAGGCUUCUGAUGCAGGUGGCCAGAAGCGGCGCCGGCCGGCCAGCCGGGAGGCCACAUGGCGUUAACUGAGACGGAAGGCGGGCUCAGCCCCACGCGCUUCCCCAGGCCCUGGGGUCAGAGGUGUCCAUUUCAGACUCACUGACCUUGGCUGAAGUUUUCGCACUUGACCACUCUGGCUGGCCUUCCUCUUCCCUCAGCCUUCGCGGUCCCUCGUGGGGGAGGGGGCUCCCCUCCUUCAGGAGCGCUGCCCCCUGCCUGCUGCCCCAGGGGCCCCCACCCACCCUCCUCCUCUUCCCCUCCUGCCCGGCCCCUCCCUCCGCCGCAUCCACUUUCCCUCAUCUUUCCCCUCAUCGGUGCUCCCUGGCCCGCCCACGGGGAAGCACCUGUGUCUCAUCUCUGCCCAGGCCCAGCCCUUCUCUGCCGGCCCCUCACACCUCCACUCCUCUGGCUCCCACUCCACCCUUGACCUUGACCUCGGCCUUCUUCCCAGGGCCUCUGGGGCCUGCAGCUGCCUGCCCAAGCUGGCCUGGGCGCUGUCCUCCGCCCACAGCCCCAUGAGGGCUCAGGCUGCAGGCCCCACCUCCUCCUGGGCCGGGCCCUCCCUGACCCACAGCGGAGCGCAUCAUCCUUGGGCAGGCGUCUCCUGACUCCCCUGCCCUGUCACUCCUUCUCCCUUGUCACUCUUUUUUAAAAGGUUUUUUAUUUUUGCAUCCGGAACUGGG